AUGGCAGCCUCUGUGCAACAUGUUUUAGGCCACCCACUUAAGCUCGACGGGGCAUCAUCACCUGUGCUGGCCUUUGAACCUUUCGAUCUGCCGUCGACCAACCAACGCGUUCUGGGAGCACCACAUCCUCCCAACUCGGUCAUCCCGCUGGCACUACGACCAUCUACUCACGACGAUGCCGAAGUGUCUCUGGACACAGUCGUUGACACUAUCAAGUCGCUCCAGGCGCAGGACGGUCUUCUGACCAAGAAACUCGCCCGCCACGGCACCCUGCUCUUCCGCGGCCUUCCCAUUCGCAAUGCGGAGGACUUUAGCAAGUUUGCCCACGCGUUUGGCUACAGACCUCACGAGAUCAUUGGGAUCGUCGUGGACAGGCCGUUGCUAGCUCCCAAUGUUGCGCCUGCCAACGAGGCUCCCAAGGAAGUCCUGAUCUACAACCACAACGAAUCUCCACAGGUACCUCAUGCGCCCGAGUACAUCUUCUUCUACAGCCAUCGUGCUCCAGCCAAGGGCGGCGAGACGCCCAUUUCAUCCUCCCUAGAGAUCUUCGCCCGCGCACAGCAGGAGAUUCCCGAGUUCAUAUCUGAACUUGCCCAGAAGGGCAUCCUCAGCAAGGUGACAUACAAGGUCAACAAGCAGUAUGAAGGAAACUCCACGCUUCGACAGGCAUUCGGUAAGGAGAUCAAGGACGGCGACGACGCCGCGACGAAGAGGGCCAAGAUCGAGGCUCAAAUAGCCCGCUAUGGAAGAGGCAAAUACACCACCUGGGAAUGGAUCGACGACGACGACACAUUGGUACUCACACACCGUCUGCCUGCCAUCCGCACUCAACCAGAGACUAAUCUCCCAACGCUCUUUACUGGGUUGGCAGCGUACUAUAAGACCGCACAGCUCAAUCAAAGCGCCAGGAGGAACAUCACCACCCAGCUUUUUGGUGACGGGACGCCGAUCCCGGAGAAGUACCUGGCGCAUCUUGCCAAGAUCACCGACGAGCUGAGGGUCCUCCACAAAUGGCAGCAAGGCGACGUGCUUGUGUACGAUAACAUCAUUGCGCAGCAUGGUCGACAGCCAUGGGAAGGCGAACAAGCAGAUCGUGUUGUUUUGGCUAGUCUCUUUGACGGCGAAGUGCCUGGAGCUUAUGUGGAUGAAGACUGGGCACAGGUUGUGCAGGCCCUGGACGGAUGA